AUCAUCUGGUGGCCUCCAUUCAUAUACAGCAGCCCUACGUUUAAGUGCCUGCACGUCACCGGCCAUGCUGUCCACCGUGCCACCUCUCUGAAGAACCUCACGGAGAUUGUUGUUUAUUUUUUGAACCCAUUCUAACAUAAGCUCCGCAAGCAACAGCUCGGAACUUUUGCCUCAUGCAAUCUCUACUUCUCCCCCAUUUGUCCUUUCCUGAGAGAAGGUUCCAAGAAAGCGGUUUGAACGUCGACCCGGGGCGGUUGUCUUUGAACCUGAGCUGGUCAAACAACGCCUGCGGGUCCAUCCGGGCUCCUUAUCCUUCCCCCCCUAUGUCUGGCUCUCCUCUCGCAGACAAUCCGUCCGAAUCAUCCGGAGGAGGUCAAGACCAGAGACAGUCAGAGUCCAACGUACCUACUACGAACCAAGUCUCUAGGUCGAUUCCACCGCCUAGUGCUCCUGUGAUCGGGGAGCCAGAGGGGCGACGUCUCCAGCAUGGACAGCAGCAGGGAGCGUUUACAGAACGACGUGACAUGAUUCACGACCCGCUACUUGCAUCACAAACAACACCAUUUGUUGGUGAGAGUUCAGCUUCAGCCGAGACAGCGUACGCAGCAGCAGCAGGCCUUCCCUCGACAGGCAAAAACAGGCCUCUUCCCCCGAGGACUACGAGACGUACAAAGGCCCAUGUAGCUUCUGCGUGUGUGAACUGCAAGAGAAAGCAUCUGGGCUGUGAUUCAGCACGCCCGUGCCGUCGUUGCGUUGUAGCAGGUAAGGCCGCCAGUUGUGUGGAUGUCACCCAUAAAAAGAGAGGACGACCACCUUUGAAAGCAGAGGAGACUCCUGUCCGACCUUACGCGACCUCGUCUGAAGACCCGUCAGCGUCACGAGACAUCUCGCGUUUCUCCCCCUCGAAUCGAGCGCAUUUCCACAGAAGGACUUCUUCUCGCGAGAUCCGCCCGAUCACCGACCUACAACUUCCCCAAGCGGGCGAUUUAGGAGGGAACCGAAUGGGAGGUAGUGGGUUAGGAGCCGCGAGCACUCCAGCACAGAGAUGGCCGCCUUCGGUAUAUCCUUCACCUCAGAGGCUCAUUACAUCGCCUUCAUUACCACAAGGUUUCAGCCAGAGACCGGUAUCUGCCGGAUCGUCCCAGCACUCGGUAGCAAUGCAAUCUCCCUUCGUGCAUUCUGCGGGGCCUGCGGGUUCAGCAGUGGGUGGUAGACCGAGCCCAGGAAGAGUAGGAGGACAAGUGCUUUCGUCGUCAUUCAGCCAUCCACUGCUACCAGCUUCGUCACCGCGGCAAUAUCCACAAGCUUAUCCUCCGAUCUCACCAUAUUAUGAGCGUCCUCGAACGCCACCGCGGCCGCUCGUGAGUGAACCAUCGGCUCUCACGGAAUUCCGCGGUCAACACGUCGAGCCUGGACUCCGUUUACCUCCUAUUCUUCCGUCCCCAGGCAGGCACUAUGGACAACUAGGGCCAGACCCUCGAAGAAGUCAUUCUUAUCCUACGCCUUGGUCAUCCAGGCCGUGGCCUGAACAGCAGCAAGAACAACACAUUCAGCCGCGUUCUCUUGAAGUGAUGGAACCAAUGGCGAGGCACUCUCAAUCUUACCAGCCCAUCGCGGGCGCCAGUCACCCCGAGCGUGCCAUCCGGCAGCCUGCAGGGUCGGCUGUUCCUGCACAACAGUAUCCGUCGCAGAUGUCACCACCAAGGGCAAGUGCUGAACAGUUGAGAAGAACAGGCGGAAGUGGUGAUACGGGCGAUGCUAGUCCUCCUGCGAAACGCAGAAGGAUGACUCUGGACGACAUAGUGAACGACUGAAAUUUUUCCCUGUAUACAGGGCCUGGAUGUGCAUGCCAUGAUGACCUGAAGGACUCCCGGAGUGAUAUCUCUCGUUGCAACUGACUCGCUAGUAGCUGGAUCUACAAGGACUAAUUCCUAAUCAGUACUCGCUGUUU